UCGGGAGAUCCCGGCUGGCCAAUCAGGUCGAGGGUGUCUGAUUUAGCGGACCAAUGGGAGGGCGCGGAGGGCGGGGCCUGGCCAGAUGACAAAGCAGACCGCCACCUCGUGAGGAGCUCAGAGUGUGCCAGAUGGUGAGAGGGGGAUUGUUGCGCCAGCCUCCUCCGUUCCUUCGCUGAAUUUUCUUUCGUCGGGGGCGUGUCACGUGGGUCUGGAAGCCCCGAUAGCGUCUAGUGUUUACCCCCGGGUCGCUGAAAGGUGCUGGCGGGGCUCGCGGUCGCGGGGCGAGACGGUGUAACAUGCUAGAAACCUGGCUAAAGCCACAAUUGAAAUCACUGAAAUGUACAGCGAUGUGACCCUGUGGUGGAUGCUGCACCUUCCCCACGGGACCAGUACCCAGAGUGAAACACCCAGGGGACUGCCAGUUGUCAGUCCCCAGUGAGUUGCGGUGACCAGUGAGUGCUUACAGGGCUCCAGUGGAGGGGGGAGGGGUGUCCUGAGAGACGCGAAGGAGGAGCCUAACCAGCCGAGCUCCCAUCCUAGGAAGGAACUCAUCCUUGGAGGCCCCAAGGAGAGAGAAAGAAGUUUUGAACCAUGGAGCGGCAGCGAGGACCCUCCUGCCUCGCUGCCUGCCAUACCUCCUCUUCCUCCUCCUCCUCCUCCUCCUUCAGCUUCCUGCUCUUUCUCCUGCACCACCUCCUGCUGCUGCUACUGCUUCAGCAGGUCGCCCUGGUCCACGCAGGCAACUGGAUGUACCUCGGGGUGGUGGGGGUGACGCCCCUUUUGCCGCAGGGUGACCAGGAGGUGCAGAACGUCAGCACCUCCUCAGCCAUGAGCAUCUGUCAGCACUUGCCUGGGCUGGUGCAGCAGCAGGUGGCCGUGUGUCAGAGCCACCCUGACACCAUCAGGAGUGUCAGCGAUGGUGCCAGGCUGGGCAUCAACGAGUGCCAGUACCAGUUCCGCAACGAGAGGUGGAACUGUACCACCGGGGGGGACCUCGAUGUCCCUUUCGGUUAUACCAUCAAGAGAGGAAGCAAGGAAACAGCCUUCAUCUACGCCGUUACAUCAGCUGGGGUGGUACACGCUGUAACCCACGCUUGCUCUUCAGGCAACCUCACAGACUGCUCCUGUGACAUGAGUAAACAAGGCCUCUCCACCCCAGAGGGGUGGAAGUGGGGUGGUUGCAGUGACAACCUGAGGUUCGGGGUGCAGUUCGCCCGGCAGUUUGUCGACGCCCCGGAGAAGGAGAGACAUAAAAAGUUUAAGAGGAGACGAAAUUUGAUGAAUCUUCAUAACAACGAAGCUGGACGAGAGGCUGUUGCCAGAUUGAUGAAGAUGCAGUGCAGAUGCCACGGUGUGUCUGGCUCGUGUGAGCUCAAGACCUGCUGGCGAUCCAUACCAACCUUCCCUGUUGUAGGCGAUUACCUCAAGGAGAAGUACAGAACCGCCCUCAGGUACAAGCGCAAGAAACGCAGCAGCAGCAGCAGGCGAGAUUCCUCCCGCAGGCGGCGAAGGAGACGCGGGCGCCGCAAGCGCAGGUUCCUGGCAAGCAAGGAGGAGCUGGUUCAUAUUCACAAGUCACCUAAUUACUGCGUCCAGAACAUCAAGAAGGGCAUCCUAGGCACCCACGGCCGCUUCUGUAACAAGACGUCCAAUGGUGCUGACUCCUGUGACUUGCUGUGCUGUGGCAGGGGUUACAACACCCAGGUGGUGAGGUAUGUGGAGAGAUGCCACUGCAAGUUUGUGUGGUGCUGCCACGUCAAGUGUAAGACUUGUGUCACCAACGUUGACGUUCACACUUGCAAAUAGCGGAGGAAGCAUUUCAUUGUCUGGCCACAGGAGGUCUGAUGGGAAUUCAUAAGAAAAUAGUAUUAUCCUUUAUCCUUUAAUUCAACUGGAACUUUGACCAAAACACAUGAAACGUUAUACACACACGCACACAUACAUACACAUACACACACACACACACUAUCUAACUAGUGUGGAUGCUGAACUGAAACAAAAGAGUUUUUUGGAAGUGGAAUUAAAAAAUUAUCCAAGAAAAUGCGAAGCAAAGUGUGUUGAGCUGGUAUUACGUUUCUUCUUGUGGUGUAAGUGUCUCAGUGUGAAGAAUAAGGGAGUCAGUGCAGUUAAAAUAAUGUUUUUGCAUCUGUGUCAUGUAUUCAUCUUUCUUGGUGUCUGGCCUUGUAGUAUCAUAGUUUAAUACGAAACAAUGAUGAGACAUACAUGACUAGUUUAGAGUUCCACAAUCCUGUGAGGUUAGAAA